AUGGAGGUGUCGACACAAUUGAAUUCGAAUGGAUUGGAAAAAAGUGUAGAUGAGAAGACGGAGAGGAUUAGCAACAGCGAUACGGAUAGAGACGAGAAAGUCUACAGCGACGAGGAAAAAAGAUCGGAAGAUUGGAUAGGAGAUAGCGCGGAUAGUAUCGAGGAAUAUACAGGAGAUCUGGAGAAGGGGAGAGAGAAAGAGAAAGAUAGAGCGCCGGGAGAAAAUAAAGAGGAGGAUCUGGGAAUUGGAGAAAUUGGAACAAUUGAGAAGGGGGAGAAGGAGAGGAAUAUCGAGAAGGAGACGCAUCUUUACCACGGUAUGCCGAUAGGCUGGACGGCAAUGAAAGAUCUACGCGGAAAGCCGAAACAGAAGUCUAAAUAUAAGACGGGGGAGAGAACGAAUGGGACGAGUACGCAGAGGGGUAUGUCGAAUACGGAGAUAGCCAAAGGGCAGGAGAAUGGGGGGGAGGGGAGAGGAGUUGAAGAAGAAGUUGAAGAUAUAGAUGAUUUGGAUUUGACGGAAUUGAAUAGCGGGGAUGAUUUAUUGCCGGAUGAGGAGGAAGGGGGUGUAAGGAGGGGUGGAAUUGGUGCGGAUGGAGCUGCAGAUGAGGGGCUGCGGAGAAGAAGUUCGGAGCGUCAUGCUGUGGGUUCGAACGCGGGGAACUUUAGGGUGUAUAAGAGGAGGUGGUUUGGAUUGGUACAAUUGGUUCUUUUGAACAUUAUUGUUAGUUGGGAUUGGUUAACCUUCUCUGCGAGCUCGACGACGGUUUCGCAAUAUUACGAUGUCUCCGAAUCCGCGAUCAAUUGGCUCAGUACCGCUUUCCUCUUUGCAUUCGUGCUGGCUAGUCCGUUUGUUAUCUACGUGCUUCAUCAUGGAGGACCUAAACCUGCUAUCAUCAUUUCAUCCGUACUUUUGCUACUAGGGAAUUGGAUACGCUAUGGGGCUACAAGAUCGGGUCCGCAUGGAAAUUUUGGAGGAGUUAUGUUUGGGCAGAUCUUGACGGGAAUCGCUCAACCAUUUGUAUUGGCAGCGCCGACGAGAUAUUCGGAUUUGUGGUUUACGAAUCAAGGGAGAGUGGCUGCGACGGCGGUGAUGAGUUUGGCGAAUCCUUUUGGAGGCGCGUUGGCGCAAUUAAUUGAUCCAUUUUGGGCGGGAAGUGUGGGGAGUAUACCGAAUAUGGUGCUUUAUAUUGCUAUUAUUUCCACCAUAGCGACCAUCCCAUCCUUCUUCAUCCCCAAAGGACCACCAACACCCUGUUCCGCAUCCUCAGAAGAACCAAAACAUGCCCUGGGCGCCUCCCUUCGCUUCCUCCUCCGCUCCCCUGAAUUCUACAUGAUGAUGUUCCCCUUCUGGUUCUACGUCGGCCUCUUCAACAGCAUCUCCUCCCUCAUCAACCAAAUGCUCUCACCGUAUUCCUUCUCCGAAACCGACGCCGGCAUCGCGGGCGCCCUUCUCAUCGUCGUCGGUCUCGUCGCUGCCGCCGUCACCUCCCCCCUCAUCGACCGCACCAAAUCCUAUCUCCUCGCCAUCAAAAUCCAAAUCCCCGUUCUGGGAAUCUUCUACCUGGCUUUUACGUGGGCGCCCCAGACUCGCAGUCUCGCGGCCAUCUAUACCAUUCUGUCGCUUCUGGGCGCGGCAAGUUUUAGCUUGGUGCCCGUGGCCCUGGAAUAUCUAAUCGAGAUCACGCAUCCGGUUUCGCCCGAGGUGACGAGCACGAUUGGUUGGUCGGGGGGGCAGUUGUUGGGGGGCAUUUUGAUUAUUGUGAGUGAUAGGUUGAGAGCGGGGGGUGUCUCGGAUGGGUCCCAGGAUGAUGGGAGUGUGAGGCCGCCGGGGAAUAUGUAUAAUGCGUUGGUUUUGCAGGCGGUGGUUGGCGUUGGUGGUGGUGCCGUUUGCGUUGGCGCUGGGGUGGUUGUGGGAGGGGGAGGGGGGUGA